AAGUCAAGCUGAGCACAAGUGAUCGAACAACUACAGUACAUACACUCUAUCGAUCUCUGUGAAUUAAUUUAGUUAUUAACUCGAUCAUGGCGCGCCCCCAAAACAACCAGAACCCCAGGGUGUUCCUGGUCCUCAACAUCGGCGGCGUGACGGUUGGCCGCGUCGUCAUCGAGCUGUUCGCCGACAAGGUGCCCAAGACGGCGGAGAACUUCCGGCUGCUGUGCACCGGAGAGCGCAGCGUGGGGAAGUGGUCCGGCAAGCGCCUGCACUACAAGGGCGCGGCGUUCCACCGCGUGGUGCCCGGGUUCAUGUGCCAGGGCGGCGACAUCACGGCGGGCAACGGCACGGGCGGCGAGUCUGCGAUCGGUGACGCCCGGUACUUCGCCGACGAGGCGUUCGGAGCCGUCCGGCACGAUGGCGCCGGCGUGGUGUCCAUGGCCAACGCCGGGCCCAACACCAACGGAUCUCAGUUCUUCAUCACCUUCGCCGACGCGCCGUGGCUGGACGGCCGCCACGUCGCGUUCGGCCGCGUCGUGGAUGGCAUGGACGCUCUGCGUGCCAUCGAAAAGGCCGGGUCCAUCAGUGGCAGGACUAUGAGGCAUGUCGUCAUCGCCGACUGCGGCGAGCUCAAGCACUAAGCCGCCAUGUCCUAAUUAUUCAGGAUCAUACUUACUCUCUACCAAAUCUGACACUAUCUAGUAGGUAUACGUAUACUUAUAUAUUAUUAUGAUUGUUGUUUGUUGCUGCUGCUGUUACAAGAUGCGUUUGAGACUAGGUAGAUGAUGAGCAUAUAUGCGUGAUUAUUUUCGGGUCUUGAUAUAAAUUCUCAAGUGUGAGACAGGUUAAUUCUGUGUAAUUGUAAUACCAUGGUUAAUGAAGUUGCUCGCUGUUAUUG